CACCGAUUAUAACAGCGAAGCAAAGCACUCCGUGGAUGCAGCGCCAGUUGGAGCAAACGUCAGAUCAGAGGGGAAGUUGGCUCCUGGAUUUGAAGAGGUUAAAAGUGUUCAAGAAAUGGCAACAAUAAAAGGAUUAGGAAGGAACAUUCCUUACUUGAGGCAACAGUUCGCAGCCUUAUUAGGAAACACGAGUGCUAGUGUUAAAUUCAUAUGCGUAGUCGUGUUGUUUUCAUACUGCCUGUCUUACUCUGAGGAGGCUGUACGGAUACUGAGUGUAACACCAGGUUAUCUUUUACCACCUGCAUUCUGGAUCUGGACAGCUUUUACGUUCUGCUUUCUUGAAAUACAUUUUUGGGAAGUAUGCGUCGACAUAAUCACCGUAGGUCUUUGCGGGAAGCUAAUAGAACCCCUGUGGGGCGCUAUGGAAAUGAUGACAUUCUUUGCUAUCGUCAAUUUUGGUGUUGCCGUUCAAUCUGCUCUGUUCUAUCUCUUCCUCUACAUGUGCACCAAUGACACUGAUCUACUAUUUGACAUACACAUUCACGGGUUAACAGGAUAUAUUGCAGGCGUCAGCGUGGCUGUGAAACAGAUAAUGCCAGAUCACAUCUUGGUAAAAACCCCGAUAGGGAAAAUAUCAAACAGGAAUAUUCCUCUGAUGGUUUGGAUCGUUGCGCUACUACUCUGGCUUCUUGGUUUACUGGAAGGAACGCAUCCAACAAUGUUUCUGAGCGGUCUUCUCAUUUCGUGGAUUUAUCUUCGCUUCUAUCAGAGACACAAUAAUGGAACAAGGGGCGAUAUGGCUGAUAACUUCACUUUUGCCAGUUUCUUUCCCAAUGUAUUGCAGCCACCCAUAGCAGUUAUGGGAAAUACAGUACAUGGAUUUCUAGUCCGGGUCGGUAUCUGCAAAAAAGUUGUUCGCAGAUUUGACAUGUCAAAUGCACCUCCAGGCCUGGUAAUCAGUUUACCAGGAAUCGAUCCUCACGACAGCGAAAGGCGUAGACAAAUAGCAUUAAAAGCUCUUAGUGAGAGGUUAAGUAAGGAUCAUGCUAAACCUUGGCAACCAGAUAGAAGUAAGAAGCAUUCACCUGUUCCCCCAGCUGUAUCGAUCCCAAUUCCCGAAUCAACGACACCAAAGCCACUGGCGUCUCCGUUAAUUCCUCAGACCAGCGUAAACAUACACAAUCACCCGUCCACAAGCACGUGAUCACCCAGAAUUGACUGAUUUCAAUGAUAUUGUAAAAAUUGGCAAAGGUUUCGCAAAAUGAUCUCAUAUGUGCAAGAUUUGGUAUACAAAGU